GAUGAACCGGUUAGCUCUGAUAUUUUGGAAUCCUGGAACAAGUUUAUUAACAAUUUAAGUUUUUUAUCAGAUCUACAGAUCCCGCGAUUAACGCUAUGCGAAGCUCCUAGUUAUAUAGAAAUACAUACCUUUAGUGAUGCUUCCCAAGUCGCUUACGGUGCAUGUGUGUACCUGCGGUCACACAACUUAGCUGGUGAUGUAAAGGUUAACUUACUGUGUGCUAAGUCUAAGGUGGCGCCGUUGAAGCCGACGACAAUACCGCGUCUGGAGCUUUGUGCUGCUCUGUUGGCUGCAAAAUUGUGCAAGACAGUUACCAGUUCUCUACGAUGUGAGGUUGAUCGUAUCAUUUAUUGGUGCGAUUCUAGCGUUGUCCUCAGCUGGUUGAAUGGUAAUUCUGCAAAGCUAAAAACAUUUGUAGCAAAUAGGGUUGCCGAGAUUAAUGAACUUACCGAUAGUUCGUCGUGGCGUUAUGUGCCGACUGAUCAGAAUCCAGCUGACCUGAUCUCAAGAGGCGUAAGUCCAGAUCAAAUUACCAAUCUUAAUUUGUGGUGGUCAGGUCCAAAAUUUCUAAUACAGCCUGAAUCUGAUUGGCCCUAUUUAAAUAAAUUAAUAAAUGAAACAGACUUACCUGAGAUGAAAUCCACUUCCGCUGUUGUCCAGGAACCUGUAACAGAAAUUCUAAAAAUAGAUAAAUUUUCAUCGUUUUUAAAAUUAAGACGCAUAUUUGCGUAUGUAAAUAGAUUUAUACAUAAUAUUAGACAUAAAAAUCCUAAAGAUAAAUUAUUUGGUAAAUUUAGUGUUACUGAAUUAGAAUCAUCCUUUACUAGCCUAUGUAAAAUUGCUCAGCAAACUUCAUUUGCUGUAGAGUACAAUAUUUUGUUAAAAAAUAAAAAUUUAAGUAGCAAAUCAUCUCUCUUGUCACUUUCACCCUUUUUGGAUGAUGACAAGGUGAUGAGAGUCGGUGGUAGAAUAGAAUUAUCAAAUUAUAAUUAUACUAAAAAACAUCCCAUACUUUUACACGCCUCUCAUCCACUCACCAAAUUAUAUUUCAAACAUGAACACUUACGGAACAUGCAUGCCGGGCCUCAACUGUUGCUGGCCUGUGUAAGAGAAACUGUGUGGCCUAUAAACGGUAGGCACUUGGCCCGCCGCACAGUACAUGCCUGUGUCAGAUGUAGACGUAUUCAAGGUAAAACAUUAACUCCCAUGAUGGGAAACUUACCUGCACAGCGCAUCACACCUGAUUUUCCAUUUCGUACUGUUGGCGUUGACUUCGCUGGUCCGUUCCUCACGCUAAAUAGAAAGGGUCGAGGUGCACGAUUAACUAAAACCUAUUUAUGUUUGUUUGUAUGUUUUCGCUAUAAAUGUGUGCACCUGGAAGCCGUCAGUGAUUUGUCCAAAGACGCUUUUAUUAUGACAUUACGCAGAUUUAUAUCGCGACGGGGCAAGCCAGCGGAGAUAUUUUGCGAUAACGGCCGCAACUUUGUUGCAGCUGCUAAGGAAAUAGGCAAUUUUCUUAAAACCAAUCAUGAGCCUGUAGUUGAUUUUGCUACCAAUGAAGGUGUGAAGUUUGUGUUCUCUCCCACGUAUGCUCCACAUUUCGGCGGCAUCUGGGAGGCUGGCGUUAAAUCCGCGAAAUACCACUUAAAACGCGUUAUGGGAAACAAUCAUUUAACAUUUGAGGAGAUAUGUACCCUUUUCACACAAGUGGAAGCUGUGCUCAACAGUAGACCUUUAUGCCCACUCUCCCCUUCCCCUAACGAUUACCAUUUCCUAACUCCCGGUCACUUUCUGAUAGGGCGUGCCUUAAAUGCAUUGCCUGGUCCAUCGCUCGAGCACGAGAACCAGAACAACCUUCAACGCUACAUGAAGCUUGAACAAAUACAUCAACAUUUUUGGCAGCGCUGGCAAAGGGAAUAUGUAGCAGAGCUACAGCAGCGCUCAAAAUGGCGUACUAAAUCAGCAUCCCUAAAGGUCGGCGACUUAGUUCUUCUCCAUGAGGAUAAUGUCCCACCACUCAGUUGGCGAAUGGGACGAGUCAGCCGCCUGUUCCCGGGGACCGACGGAGUCACGCGAGUCGCAGAUGUGCAAACUACCAGAGGUUGCUUCAGGAGACCUCUCACUCGGAUCUGUCCCUUGCCUACAUCUUUACCGGAUGAAGACUGAUGUAGUUGAAAGGAGUCUUUCAACGGGGGGGAAGAUGUCUGCGCCAUACCUACGCCUAGUGAUUUUUAAUAGCAACAAGUUACACUUUGACGUGAUACUAUCAAAUAAUUAUUUUUUUGUUUUACGUUCACCCGCAAACUUUUUAUAUUACUCACUUCUAUAUUGUACACGGUUGCGUCGCCAGAAAAUCUAUAAUUUCAUUUUGUAAAAUAUCAAGAAUUCAGAUUAUUAAACCUGUAUUGCGAAGAAA